AUGAAUUAAUCAACUAAUAAAUAGCAUUAGUCUCACAAGGAUGAUCAAGUUGAUUAGCAUGGCUAAGGAGCACAUGGUUAAGGUUAUUAAUCCUAAUAAUUAUAAUAAUCACAUCCUGAAAUAGAAAAGCAACCAGAUCAUUCUCAACACUAACAUUUGCACAAUGAUCAGUCUCAUCACCAACAUUCUAAUCAUGGUCAUUAGGAUGGAGAUCACUAGAUUCACAAUACGAGUCAUGAUCAUCACGAGGGCCAUUACAACCCUUUGUAAAUGCCUUGUGAUUGGGAAAUAGCAAGAAAGCAUGCAUUGUCAAGGCGGACGGCAUGGGAAAAAAAGAAGGACCCGAUGAAAACAUUAUAAAUUGAAACGUGUCCUUGCUGUGGAUUUGAAGUAGACAGAGAGGAUAUUCCUUAUUGUUCAGAUCCUAUGGCUUUAUCCUUUUUAGGUUCAGGAUUUACAUUGUUUUAUAAUUACUUGAAAUAUUGCAUAAUUAUCCUCUUCAUAUAACUCUUGGUAAAGUAACUACAUAAUUUGUACACGAACUUUAAUGGUUCGUAUUGUAGUCACAUAAAAAGAGAGAAGAUGGAAGGACAUAUAAUCGAAGAGCCAUAUUGUCCUGAUAGCAUAUUCUUACAAUUAUCUUUGGCAAAUAAACUUGACAAUCGAGAAGCUCUUGAAAUGAUGCAAGUCUUAAAUUUCAUCAGUAUUUUCAUAAUUAUGUUUGUUCUCAUUUAUUUCAGAAAAAGUCAAAGAUAAAUAGAUACUACUAUUGAUGAAGAACAAUUGACUCCUGCAGAUUAUACCAUAUGUGUUAAGAAUAUCCCUACAGGUUUGAGUGUGGAUUAUAAAUAUGAACUUAAGAAUUUAUUUGAAAAUUAUUCUGUUUUGGAUUCAACUAAAUAAAUUAUUGUCAGAAAAGUGGUUUUAGUUUAUGAUAUAGAAGAAAUAAUAGUACUUGAAAAGAAAUUAGAUGAUUUAUUGUAAUCAAAGAAGGAUGCUAUUAAAUAAAGUAAUUUUAACUUUCAUCAUGAAAGUGUGUAAAAGAUUGAUGAAGAAAUAGAACAUUUGGAGCAUCAAAUCCAUAAAAUAGAGGAGGAAUAUGAAACUCAUAACACAAACUUUGCAGGAAUAGCCUUCAUAUCUUUUGACGAUGAAUCUAUGAAGUAAUUGGUGUUAUAAGACAAUCCUCAUACUUAAUGGGAAAGAAUGCGAUCUCAUGUAAAUAGAGGCAAAUUAAGAAGCCUCACAAAUAAUGAUUUGUAGUGGAAUGGAUAAAAACUAUUUUUAGAACAGGCACCUGAACCAAAUGAUGUAGAUUGGGAAUUUAUUCAUAUUACUACUAGUGAGAAGAUAUUUAAAAGAGUGAGAGCUUGGGUAUAUUACAUUCUAUUUGAAAGUGCUGCCUUUUUCAUUAUUUACUUAAUAUCUCAUAGAUUAGCUUUAUUGGGUGAUGAGGCUCAUGAAGAAGAGUUGAAAGGAAAGUUGGAUGAAGAUACUAAAAGGAAAAUUAAUAUCAUGUCAUUUAGUAUUUCAAUGACAAUAGUAUUAUUCAAUAAAUUUGGAGUCGCUAAAAUAGUUCAUUAUAUUGUUGACGAUGAAAAAAUAUCAAAUAAAACAAAAUUUUAAAUAUCUUUCGUUUAUAAAUAUGCAUUAGCAUUGUUUUUAAAUGCAGCCAUUAUCAGUUUUUUGGUGGACAUUGUAAUACUAAAGAAUGUCAAGGGAGCUGGAGGUUUCAUCUAAAAUGAAAGUCAAAUCUUUGUGCUUAAUGCUAUCUUCCCUCCAUUCAUUUGGUGUGUGGAUCCAUGGAGUUUAUGCAAGAACAUUUGGAGAAAAUACAUAAUGUCAAAGGGUGACAAAGCACUUUUAACUCAAUAAGAGGCAAACAAAUUAAUGGAGGAGCCAGACUAUCUCUCUGCAAAACGAUAUUCGGAUGUUAUGAAAACUAUGUGGUUUACAUUUAUGUAUGGCACAGCAAUACCUUUAGGCACUUUAUUCAGUGCGUUCGGAAUUCUAAUCUACUAUUUCGUUGACUACUAUAACAUAUUGAGAAGGAGAACUGUUAAGGAAUCUAUAAGUAUAUAGCUCUCUACAGAAAUGAUUGAAAUGUUAGAAUAUAUUAUUGCCUGGUGUGCUUUUGGAGAAAUGAUCAUGACUUACACAUUUUUCAAAGAAGUCAGCAAAAUAGAUAUUCUACUUAUCGUAUUGGCAAUAUUAUACUAGUAAUUGCCUAUGGAGGAUAUAUCCGAGUAUCUUUUCCCAGUUGAAAACAACGAGGAAAUAAAACCUUAUGCUGAAGGGAGUGCAAGCUUUGAUACUGAUUAUGAUAGGGAGAAUCCUGUUACUAAGCACAAGGCUUUGGCCCAAUGGAAUAAAAGAUAACAAAGUGCGGAGAAUCCGAAUCCAAAGAACAAAAAGAUUUUGGCCUAACAGGAUGAGUUUGGAUAUGCUGGAGAUGGCCAUUUCGGUCGUAGAUGA